AUGCACGCAGGGGCUCUGUGUGUAUUUUUGAUGAUUCCCGUGGCAGCGGCGUACAACGAGACGAUCAAAUCUUGGUCGUGUCCACAAUCUCCUGCGGGGUGUCUGUCCACGUUAUCGGACCUGGACAGCAAGGACGAUUGCCAGACCACCAGCGAAUGUCCAGUAGGGGCACAAUGUUGCUACCGAGGUUGCUUCAGGAAAUGUGAAUUUCCCGAUCCGUGUGAACAAGUGAUAUGCCAGGAAGGAUACCUGUGUGAAGCGAGAAAAAAACCAUGCCACAGGAAACCAUGUCAACUUCAAGCAGUAUGUUUAGCAGAAACCCAGGUUCGAUGUGUGGCACCGACAUGUGAUACCGCGCAAUGCCAGCCGGGAUACGAACGUGCCAAAGACAGAAAUGGAUGCCCAGUUUGUGACUGCGUUAAAAAACAAGAUUGUGGGACAAACUGCCUAACACUGUGUGCCCAUGGAUUCGAGUUGAGGCCCGAUGGAUGCCCCUUGUGCCUGUGUAAACCAGAGCCUCACAACCUGUGCUCUGACAUGACUUGUGGGCCCGGUGAAGAGUGUCGAUUUGUACAAGCCACUUGUCUCAGAGCGCCGUGUCCACCAGUCGCAGUAUGUGUUUCAAUUUCACUAGUUCAGUAUGAAAACGCCUGCAGCCUAACAGAUCCGACAACGGUUGGCCUACCUGUCCUAAUUUCUAAGGACAAUUCCUCGGAACUGGACUGUCUCUCCCAAUCAUGUCCGGACAAUACAGUGUGCACCCGUUUCGGAAGAGAGAUCAAUCGAUGCUGCUGGCAAUCUACACAAGAACGAGUUCUCUCACCUCCAAAAGUAGGAGAGUGUCCACCGAUCAGCAACUCUACUGAACCGCUGGUGAGAUGUCAAGUCGACGGGGCGUGUCCAGGAGAACAAAAGUGCUGCCACAGACGGAGAGACGCUGAGUUUUCACCCGCUUUUGGUUACUGCAUGAAUCCUAUUAUACCACGACACGGAGACGUUUCCAGAAAUGUGUGA